AUGAAAAAUAAUAUCUAAAGAAUAUUCAUUCCAUCACACCUUAAAAUAUAGAAUCACAAUUUCGAGCUGAACAUUGCAUCACUAAUUAAAUCCAUAAAUGUAAAAUUAUUCUGCUCAAAUGCGACAUCAAACUUGACAUUCUAAAAAAUAAACACUUUCCCCUUAAAUCCGCUGCUCUAUCUAUACCAAUCACAGAGAAAUAGGCCAAGGAAGUUCUAUAUUCAGAACUCCACAAUCUUUAAAAACUUCACUUAAUAGAAAUAAAUCUGAUGACAUUACGACAAUGAACUUUGGAGAAUUCAAGUCAUACUUAUUUAAUAUUCAUUUCGACCACUGAAACUACAAUUAUGAACAUUAUAGAAAUAAUCAAAUAUUCAUUGAGAAAUUCCAUGACUUAAUUCUGCAUUACGUUGAAAUAAGAAUACCUUAAUUCUUAUUGUAUAAUGUCAUUCGAAGAUGAAAACAACCAAUAAGG